CCACUCUUCUCAUUUCUCUCUCUCCUUCUGAGCCAUUCUCUCUCCAAAUCUACUUUUCCAGUCUCUCCCUUACCCACUGCAAAUUAUGCAGGCAAAAGCUAUGGCUCUCACAACCCCCGCCGCCGCCGCUGCACCCCACUUGCCCAACCCAUUCCUCCACCCCGCCGCCGCAUCCUCCAGACCCUCAAUUUCCAUCAAACCCGCCUCACUUCCGACUCCCUCAAUUCGGAUCAAGAACGAUCUUUGCCGUCAAGUCCUCCAACCAACCGCCGUCAACCGCCACCACCACUACCCCACCACCUAAAAGUUGGAGUCUUGAUAGCUGGAAAUCCAAGAAGGCCUUCCAGCUUCCGGAGUACCCGGAUGAAGCUACCCUCGAAUCAGUCCUCAAAACUCUGGCAUCCUUCCCUCCGAUCGUUUUUGCCGGUGAGGCACGUAGCCUGGAGGAGAAGCUGGGACAGGCGGCUCUCGGGAAUGCGUUUCUUUUGCAGGGUGGUGACUGUGCUGAGAGUUUCAAAGAAUUCAGCGCCAAUAACAUUAGGGAUACUUUCAGGGUGCUCUUGCAGAUGAGCGUUGUCCUCAUGUUUGGUGGUCAGAUGCCUGUUGUUAAGGUCGGAAGAAUGGCGGGGCAGUUUGCUAAACCGAGAUCUGAUCAGUUAGAGGAGAAGGAUGGUGUCAAACUGCCAAGUUAUCGUGGCGACAAUGUUAAUGGAGAUGCUUUUGACGAGAAAUCAAGAGUGCCAGACCCCCAGAGAAUGAUUCGGGCCUACACACAAUCUGUGGCUACCCUAAACCUGCUAAGGGCAUUUGCUACUGGAGGAUAUGCUGCCAUGCAGAGGGUCACUCAGUGGAACCUUGAUUUUACUGAACACAGCGAGCAGGGCGAUAGGUACCGGGAACUGGCUCACCGUGUUGACGAGGCCCUUGGCUUCAUGGCAUCAUGUGGUCUUACAGCUGACCACCCUGUCAUGACCACUACAGAGUUUUGGACAUCACAUGAGUGCUUACUUUUACCCUAUGAACAAGCACUUACCAGAGAGGACUCAACUUCUGGCCUUUAUUAUGACUGCUCGGCCCACAUGCUCUGGGUUGGGGAACGAACAAGGCAACUAGAUGGUGCUCAUGUCGAGUUCUUAAGAGGAGUUUCCAACCCUUUGGGGAUCAAGGUUAGCGAUAAGAUGGAUCCAAAUGAGCUAGUGAAACUCAUCGAUAUUCUGAAUCCUGAAAACAAACCUGGAAGAAUAACGGUGAUCACCCGAAUGGGAGCUGAGAACAUGAGGGUGAAACUUCCUUAUCUGAUUAGGGCAGUUCGUCGGGCAGGUCAAAUUGUCACUUGGGUCAGUGACCCUAUGCAUGGAAACACCAUUAAAGCUCCUUGUGGACUGAAGACCCGUUCCUUUGAUGCAAUCAGGGCUGAGGUGAGAGCAUUCUUUGAUGUGCACGAUCAAGAAGGAAGCUACCCUGGAGGCGUGCAUUUGGAAAUGACCGGGCAAAAUGUCACAGAAUGCGUCGGAGGGUCUAGGACAAUCACUUACAAUGACUUGAGUUCACGCUACCACACCCACUGCGAUCCAAGGCUUAACGCUUCUCAGUCUUUGGAGCUUGCUUUUAUCAUAGCUGAGCGCCUUCGGAGGAGAAGAAUUGGAACACAACGCACUCUACCCUCUUUGAGGUUGUAGGAAACUUCUCAACCUUCGGAGACUGCUUUAAGCAACGACGAUUAUUCUGAGUUAUUUUAGUCCGGUACGUACUUAUAAUGGUUGCAUGCAUGUCAGUGCAAGUCUAAUGAAAAUGUUGAGGUAACUCAUAAUAUAUUGCAGCCCAAAUGAGACUUGGUCUAGUCGGUCACAAAGUACUUCUAUAGAUGUUUAUAUAUGCGAGUGGUUUUAGUUUUCGUUGGUCUAAUUUGUUGGGACAUGUUUUCUCAAUAAGAUUGUAUGUUUACAGAUGCAGAUGAUUUUCUCCUCCAGUUAUUCUGGCAUGUUCUAGGAUGUAAGUUCAUAUUA